AGUGUCCUGUUGAAUCGGUUUUUACAUGUGCGGUAUAUAACGCUCAUCGCACCAAAAAUAUGAAAAGUUACUGAUAUUUUUGAUUUAGUUGUAUUCUUAAUUUAAUUACAAGAACAUUAUAUUAUAUAUUAACAAACUAUGGAUCGAAAUGUUGAUGGAGAGGGUAACAAGGCAUCCAUGUCUGUCCCACAGCUAAAUAAUAUGGUUAUAAUCUUAAGAAAAUAUGUAAAACAAGCAAAAGUUCGGUGCAUAAGAAAAUUAACUCAAGAUAUUCAAAAGUUGAGAAAAAAUAAGAAAUUAAGUAAAGAUAAAGCGGAGAGAAAAGUUCAGAAGACUUUAGAAGAAAUAUCAUUAAUAAAGUCGUUAAAACCGGAUAUGGUUUCGAAAUUUGCUUUAUCAAAUACCGAGAAAUUUGAUGGCAACAAAACUGAGGGAAAAAUUGCUCACAAAAGUCUUCUACGGUUAGCUAACUGUAGUGUUCUGGAAAAUUUUGUACAAAAAUGGCGGGAAGAACACUCUGAUUGGCAAUCAUUAGCUGCUUUUGUUUCUACAAAAAAUACUGGUAGAAGAUUUAAGCAAAAGGUUAAAACAGAAAAGGAGAAGAAAGUUGAUAGAUUAUUGGCCGAAGAAGAGAUUGAACGUUUAAAGAGUAAAAUGAAAGGAGGUAGUAUAUCGAAACUGUUUGAAUCGAAAAAUAAGAAGAAAGAAGCUAUUCCAGAAGAGUCUCUAUUGGAUCAGAGUGAAAAUGAUGAAGAUAGUACAGAUAGUGAGGAAUAUGUAACUUGUUACGAAGAACUAGAGAAAACUCCUAGUCCUGAGGCAACACAGCCGAAAGAAACUAAAAAGGAAAAUAUAAAGUUUGAUAAUGAGGAAAAGGUUGACAAACAGAGCACACAGAAUAAAAAGUUAAUGGAAAUAAAAGAGUUUGACUUAAUGAACGAAACUGAUGAAAUCAGUGUCGAUAAUUCCAUUAUACUUGAUAGUGAUGUAUCUCAAAAGAAGAGAAAUAGGGACAAUUUCUUCCUUGCUAAAGAUGCGGAUAGCGACGAUGGAGCUUCCGAAAUUGAAGAAUCUGAUGAAGAAAUGGAAGAGACAAAUAAUACUGAUAUAAAGAGAAAGAAAAAUGUAGAGAGCGUAUUUGUAACAUCUCUUAGCACCAAAAAUAAUAAGAGAAAGAAUUUCGCGCCAAAGAAAAUGGAAAAAACGCAAAAGAAUAAACCGUUUGCUCAAGAAAAGCCAAAGGAAAAAUCAUUUGCUGAACCAAAAUUUAAAAAGAAGCCAGAAAAGAGAGAAAUUGCCCAAGGAGAGAAACUGCAUCCAUCUUGGGAGGCCAAAAGGAAAGCAAAUCAGCAACCAUCUCUCAAUUCUUACUCAGGAACGAGAAUUACAUUUGACGAUGAUUAA